CGUCCCUUCAGCUGGGUUUUCAGUCUAGGGUACGUUGGAUAUACCCUAGCCUGAAUGUAGCGGGGGAGCUUUGUAGCGGUGGUCUGAAGGGACUUUGAAGAAAAUCAAUAAUUUAAAAGAGAUAAGUAAAAGAAGACCUCAAUAUUUGAAUGGAGUAGCCGUUGAAUUCAUUGCAGCGUUUAAAGUGAACAGAUUACGUUCUGUUAUUUUGGGACGCUUAAAUUUUAACAAUAGGUGGCGCUAGAAAACCUAGUUAUUACCGGUUAAGCUCAGCGGGAGAUUAGUCUACUCUGGUGGGGUAUUGAUCAGGGAAGAUUAGCGGGUUGAUCUAAAUAUGGAGGAUGAUUUUAGAUCGGGGGCAUUUCCGCUGCAGCUGGCUUUAAAAGCUCGGAGGCGUGCAGUUUCGCUCUCUUUUUUGUGUGCGCAGCCGUAAGGGACAGUCGCGUCUACGUUGAUUUAAAAUCGGGUACUAACCUCGUGGAAAAGAAAAAUUAAACAACAAAGUGCUAAAAAGUGGAAAUAGAAAGGACUAUAGCCAGGAGCGUUAUCUACGAGAAGCCCGGACUGCUGCCUGUAGCAGGAGCUAUCUGCCUUUGGCCAGCCGCCAAAUUCAACAGAUUUGAAAGGGGCCGGAUCUGCGGUUCGGCCCUCUUAAUCCUAAAUUAAACAUAAACGGGAAAUUCGUUGAGGGACUGAUAAAAAUUUGGCGGAUGAAAUGAUUUGACGACGCUCCCAAAUCUCUUGUACCUCGUCCCGAGCUCCGGCCCUGUCGUGACAUCUAAAUAUACGAAUGACUUAGAGGGUCAAUCCUGAGCCCCAGAAGGACACCACACCGCCACAAUCGCGCCACUAAAUCCUUGCCACUAAUAGUUCGGAUCCUGAAAAAUUCCUGAAACACAUAAAUAUGCCUUUUUGCCAGUUCAAGAAUGUGAAUUGGAAUCACGUGGUAUAACAAUCAUAGUUAUGUGAACAUUAAGACAUAAAAGGGUACAUGAAAUAAAGGCUACAAAGGUGAUUAAUUUCAAUAUAAAAAAACAAACCCAUUUGCAAGGACAAUGGCCAAGCCGGGCAAGUCCUUGGCGUCCUGCAUUGUUACGCCAAUGCCAGUCAUCAUAAUAAUUAUAAGCAUUUCAAGAGCCUGGUCGAUGCAGCAGCAAUACUUAACCCAACCGGAAACUCAAGUGCACCAAGGAGUUAAAUCAUUAUCUCACAUUGGCCAUAACGACUUGUUGCCCAUGAUAUCUGUGCCCUCGUCAGUUGACAAUGAUUACGUUUACAUAGCGGCUGUCAAUAAUAAAAUGCCCCAGUUUGGUAACUCGCUGGACGAUGACCAAGAGGUCGAUGAGCAUCCCGUGGAUGAGACCACCUAUCCCCCGCCGAUUUUCGAUUUCGGGAUGCCCAGGAAUAUUACGGCCCGGACAGGACACACGGCGGCCAUCAAUUGCCGCGUUGACAAUCUGGGCGAUAAAUCGGUGUCCUGGAUAAGGAAACGCGAUUUGCACAUCCUGACUGCAGGCAUUCUGACCUACACAUCCGAUGAGCGUUUCAGGGUAGUGCGCACCGCCGACUCCAAGGAUUGGACAUUGCAUGUGAAAUAUGCCCAGCCACGUGACAGCGGCAUCUACGAAUGCCAAGUGAAUACGGAGCCAAAGAUUUCGAUGGCAUUCCGCCUGAAUGUCAUAGUCACGCCGCCAGAUGCCAAGGCGAUUAUUGCCGGCCCAACGGAUUUGUACGUCAAAGUGGGCAGCAUCAUAACGCUCACCUGCCUGGUGAAACACCCGGCGACCACAGCCCAGGAUAUUGGGCCAAUUUACUGGUACCGCGGCCCCUACAUUCUGACACCCUUUGUUGCCCAUCCCAACGAUGCGGCCAUUGAUUUGCAACGCAUAUCCAUGGAGUCCACACUGGCCGAGAAGUUGCAAAGCAGAUUACGCAUCGCCAAUGCUCAGCUCCUGGACACGGGCAAUUAUACGUGCAUGCCGACCACAGCGGAGGCGGCCAGUGUUGUGGUCAACGUCAUCAAUGACGAGAGUCCUGCGGCAAUGCAGAAAAGCAAAGCAAAUAACAACAGUCGGAGCAGCCGAAGCCGAGUCGUCCUCCUUCUGGCGUUGGUGGUCAGUUUUGUCGUACGAUGGCUUAUUGUCCACCGCAACGGCCAUAGCCUCGAUUCGAGCUCGAAUUUAUCCAUUCUGCAUAUCAAUUAUUGCGACCUGCAUCCAAUAAUUAGCCACCAAAAUAACAAUCAGGUGGCGACUCUGUCUGAAUCAUGAUAAUUAAGUGGGUGCCAAGUGUAAGAGCAUCUUGUAUAUAAAAAUUAAAUUAUAGUUUUGUGUAAAUCUGAAAAAUAUACGAGAGGGAGAGAUGAGAUGAGGAAACCAUCACUAAUUGCUUGAUUUUGAUUUGAUAUAAUUUUUGGUAAGAAAUUUAUAUCCAUUUCUAUACAACGGAAAUGGUUUCCCCAUCUGGCUAAAAAAAAAACUAAACUAUGAACUGUAUUUAGUCCUAAUUUUUAUGCAUAGCGUUAACAAUUAUGUAACAAAAUAAAAUAAAAUAAAUGAUAAAGCCGAAGCAAUUAUCAAGUGCUUCGGCAACUGUAUUAAAAUAAUAAUAAUACCAAAAUUACGAAAAUGGAAUACAUAAAUGAAAAUACUACACUAAGAUUAAUUGCAUUGUUAAUUUCAGAAUGCAAAUAUUAUUAUAGUUGGCCUUUUUUUUCUGUUAACUGCAAUUAGCUAAUUAUAUUUAUCGCUGGCGAAACACUUGAAAACUAAUUGAAAUCCACUCUCAUAACAAUUAACUGAAAAAAAACCAAUUAAUAUUUCUUUGGCAAAUCACCAUAAUUUAGUUUAAAAUUCAUUAUAUAAACUGAACGAUUUGUAAACAUAUGUAACGAAUUUCUCAAGGAGAACAAAAAAUAAAUUCUAUUUGGUUUGAAGUAAAAAAA